CGCGCCCUUCCUUCCUGUCGUGGUGGGCAGGGUCGCCUGUGUUGACAAACAUUUAUUGUCCUACUAGGGCGGAGAUUUAUUCAUCUUGCGAGUCAAAAAUCUGCUAAAUAAACGCUUUAUUAAAUAUAUAGGCAUACACACGAAAGGAUUAUUGUUUGGUAUUAAAUGCAAGAAUGGGUUGCUGCCUGACUGUUGGACCAAAUGAAGCGCUCGUUGUGUCAGGUGCCUGUUGUGGUUCAGAUGAAAAGACAUAUGUGGUGGGAGGCUGGGCGUGGGCAUGGUGGUUUAUAUCAGACACACAGAGAAUUACACUAGAGAUAAUGACACUACAGCCUAAGUGUGAAGACGUGGAGACAGCGGAGGGAGUCGCUAUUACAGUGACAGGAGUUGCUCAAGUCAAGGUUAUGACCGACAAAGACUUGCUGGCAGUUGCCUGUGAGCAGUUUCUGGGAAAGUCUGUCAUGGAAAUCAAGGCUGUGGUCCUGCAAACCCUGGAGGGACAUUUACGUUCUAUCUUAGGCACUUUGACAGUGGAGCAGAUCUACCAGGACAGAGAUGAGUUCGCUCGGCUGGUGAGGGAGGUGGCAGCUCCUGAUGUGGGCCGGAUGGGGAUUGAGAUCCUCAGCUUCACUAUAAAAGAUGUCUAUGAUAAGCUGGACUACCUGAGCUCUCUUGGAAAAACUCAGACAGCGGCUGUACAAAGGGACGCUGACAUCGGAGUGGCCGAGGCAGAGAGGGAUGCUGGGAUUAGAGAAGCUGAGUGCAAGAAAGAAAUGAUGGAUGUGAAGUUUUUGGCCGACACUAAAAUGGCUGACUCCAAGCGAGAGCUGGAACUGCAGAAAGCUGCUUUCAAUCAAGAAGUGAACACUAAGAAAGCAGAGUCUCAGCUGGCCUAUGAACUACAGGCAGCUAAAGAGCAGCAGAAGAUCAGAUUGGAGGAGAUCGAAAUCGAGGUUGUGCAGAGGAAAAAGCAGAUCUCCAUUGAGGAGAAAGAAAUUGAGAGGACAGAGAAGGAGCUGAUUUCAACGGUCAAGCGUCCUGCUGAAGCAGAGGCUUACAAGAUGCAGCAGCUGGCAGAAGGACAGAAGAUGAAGAAAGUGCUGACUGCUCAGGCUGAGGCAGAGAAGAUCAGGAAGAUCGGAGAGGCAGAGGCCAUCUCUAUCGAAUCCGUGGGGAAGGCCGAGGCCGAGAGUAUGAGGCUGAAGGCAGAAGCCUACCAGCAGUACGGAGACGCCGCCAAGACUGCGCUUGUCCUGGAAGCACUUCCCAAGAUCGCUGGAAAGGUAGCAGCGCCUCUGGCCAAGACCAAUGAGAUUGUUAUUCUGAGUGGGGAUGGCAGCCGCGUGACCGGGGAGGUGAACCGUCUCCUCGCUGAGCUACCGGUGUCUGUUAAUGCACUCACGGGUGUGGACCUGUCCAAGAUCCCUCUGUUGCAGAAGAUGACAGGUGCUUAAGCAGGAAGUCAAUCAGUUCCGUCUCCUUCAUGAUAUGUUGUAUGCACUCACAGAAACUGCCUUUAGAAGACUUGGAAAUCUUUUUUUAUUAUUUUUAUUAUUAUUAUUAUUAUUAUUAUUGUUAUUAAAAAAAAAAGUAGAUUUUUGAUACCUCUGGUGCCUUAAUGUUUUUUAUAGGACCAGAAUAUCUGCAUGCACUGCUGCUCCCACAUUCCUCAGUUCACUUGUUGCUGGAGUCAUUUUACAUCACACACACGUCAGAGACCACUAGAACAAUUAGUACUGUUUUUUGUUUUGUUAUAGAUUUCUGUAGUGUCAGCAUACAAAACUCUACCUAUCACACUUUUCUUUACUGUUUUAUACACUUUUAUCUCUACAAUACUAAGACACUUUAACACUCAAUGGUGAGUCAGCUUUAGUUUUGAUUACAAUCAAAUCUUUGUAUCCAUCCAAAGUCAAGCACUACUUCUUCAUUCAUAUUAAAGCAUAUUUCUAUCUACAAA